AUUAAACUUUUUCGACUCAUUUCGCAAGAACCAUCAGAUUACUGCAGACAUGUUUACGACAUUGCUGUGUACGUAUGUCGUAUUUUUGUUAUCAUGUCUAGUUUAUUACCAUUACAAGAAGAAACUAGAAUACUGGAAGAAAAAGAAUGUGCCGCAUUUGAAACCUAUGCCUCUGUUGGGCAACUACAAGGACUAUUUAUUAUUGAAGGAGAUCCCUGGUGUCAUCUUACAGCAGAUUUGUGAGAAGUUCCCCGACGAGCCAUUCAUUGGCGCCUAUUAUGGCACGGACCCCGCUCUAAUCAUCCAGGAUCCUGAAUUGAUUAAGUUGGUGAUUACAAAGGACUUCUACUACUUCAACGGCAGGGAAGUAACUGCAUAUAACGGAAGAGAGCCCGUCACUAAGAAUGUAUUCUUCUCGUGUUGCGACGAAUGGAAGGUUUUGCGGCAGAACCUCACGCCUCUGUUCACCACUGCCAAAAUGAAGAAUAUGUUUUAUCUGAUAGAGAAAUGUACUCACGUCUUCGAAGACGUACUUGAAAAGAAAGUAAGUGCUUCGCAAACAGUUAUCCUCAACAAUUUGAUGGCAUCCUUCACCAUAGACUGCAUAGGUUCGUGCACAUUCGGCUUAGAAACCAACGUGAUGAGGAAACCCGAGAACAAUCCUUUUAGAGAAAUCGCAUUUGCGAUAUUCGAGAAGUCAACGUACCGUGGAAUCAAGAACGUGAUGCGCAACGUCUGGCCCGGUUUAUUCUAUCUCUUGGGGUUAAGGUUCUUCCCAUCACAUAUAAAUGAAUUCUUCGUGAGGCUACUAACAGAAGUUUUUGAAAGCCGCCAGUACAAGCCGUCGCCAAGGAACGACUUCGUCGAUAUUGUCUUAUCUAUGACUAAAACUAAUCGUAUAAUCGGAGAGGGUGUGCCCAACUUCAAAACGGGAGAGGUCAAGAAAACCUCCAUAGAGGCGACAAACGAUUUGCUAGCAGCUCAGUGUGUAUCGUUCUUUGGCGCAGGGUUCGAGACGUCGGCGACCACGUCCAGUUUUACACUGUAUGAACUAGCUAAACGACCAGAUAUUCAAGAGAAGGUUCUCGAAGAAGUUGAUACGUAUAUUAAAAAGUACAACAACAAGUUGAACUACAACGUAGUGUCCGAACUGCCGUACUUAGAUGCCUGCAUCGAUGAGGCACUGCGUUUCUACCCGGUACUUAGCAGUCUGAACCGCGAAGCUAUGGCUGAUUACACGUUUCCCACAGGACUCAAAGUGGAGAAGGGGAUGCGAAUCCACAUUCCAGUGUAUCAUCUACAACGUGAUCCCAAAUACUUCCCUGAGCCUGAAGUGUUCCGUCCAGAGAGAUUCCUAGGGGAAGAGAAGUUGAAAAUCAAUCCACACGUAUACAUGCCGUUUGGAGGAGGUCCCAGAUUCUGUAUUGGCAUGCGGUUCGCGAAGAUGCAGAUGCUAGCGGGGCUGGUGACUAUCUUGAAGAACUACAGGGUUGAAAUGGACUCCAGUACACCCCAGGAGGUUCAAUUCGACCCCCGCAUCCUAGUAACGCAACCCCUAGACCCAAUUAUGGUCAGAUUUGUACCUCGAAAAAUAAAAUAAGAAAUUGUUUA